AUACCUGACAGAUCACCUGCUCCUUUAUGAACCUGCAUGAUGACUGUAGAUAGAUCCAGGUAGCAAUCGUGUUGGUCUGAAGGAGUCCAACUUUGUUCUAUUUGAUGACGUUCAUCUUCUGAGGACCUGAUUUGGGUGCUCCCCUCUUGAUUAAGGGAGAAGGCCUUCUUAGUCAUGGCACCCAAACUCUGGAACUCUCUUCCCUGAGAGAUUUCUCUGUUCUCUUCUGUUAAUGUCUUCCACUUGAGGAAGAAUGUUCCAAAUUAUCACUGUGGAGGACAAAAGGACCUGCUAGCUGUUGGGGAAGGAACAGGCUCAGAAAUCUCCCACCAGAUUUCAACCAUGUUGGGCAUCUACAAAAUCCCACAGAUGAGUUACGGUUUUGUGAGUCAUGUCCCCGAAGAUAAAAUUCAAUUUCCUUUUGUCUAUUGGAUGAUCCCAAAACAAGAAUCCCAUUAUGGGGGCAUUGUAAAACUCCUCCUGCAUUUCAGAUGGACAUGGAUUGGUCUCCUUGCUCCUGACAACGAAAUGGGUGAGAACUUCAUGAGAACUUUCACAUCCAUGAUCACUAGGAACAGCAUUUGUGUUUACUUCUCACAAAAGAUCCCAACCUUUAAGCCAGAAAAGGCAAUCUUGAAUAAUCUGCUUGGCUUUCUUACACAGAGAACAUGCAACGUUGUUGUUUACCAUGAGGAUUCUUACUCCCUUAUUGUUCUUGGAUUGUUAUUGAGAGAAUUUGAAAGAAUCAGAAAGCGCAUGGUUGGGAAAGUUUGGAUCACAACCAUUUUACAUGACCUCAAUUUGGCAUGGUUUUAUGAACUCUUUGAUAUCCAACAUAUCCAUGGUUCAUUGCUAUUAAUUCAGACAAUGAAAAAAUAUUACACUUUUGACUCAUAUCUCGCUGACAUCAAUAGAACUGGAGAGGAAGCAUUUUACUGUUUAUAUUCAAAGCACAAGUUAUCUGUGAAAGGCUGGACAAGGUGCAAAGAGAAGGAGGAAAUGGAGACUCCAUCCCAGGAGCUGCUGGAUAGAAUCCUGUCUCAAGACAGCUACAGUAUUUACAAGAUUAUCCAGUCUCUGGCUCUUGCCUUAAAUGCUGCAUAUACAUCCAGGUCCAAUCAGAUGAGGGUGAACAGAGAACCUCAAAAGCUAUAUCCAUGGCAGCUCCAUCCCUUCCUUAGAAACAUCCGGCUUUACAAUAAUUCCAGAGAAGGAGUUCAUUUUGAUGAGAACGUGGACCUUGCAGACAACUUUGAUAUUAUGAACUGGGUUGCAUUUCCCAAUCAGUCCAUUGUUAGCGUAAAAGUCGGGAGGAUAGAAAGACAGGAGUCUUCAGACAUAAAGCUCAUCAUUGACCAGGAAGCCAUUGCGUGGCCCAGUUGGUUCAACCAGACCCUUCCUCUUUCUAGGUGCAAUGAAAACUGUCACCCUGGAUACGCCAAAGUGACUAAGGAAACAGAGUUUCUCUGCUGCUAUGACUGUCAUCCAUGCAUGGAAGGGACAAUCUCAAUGCAGGAAGAUGCAAGCCAUUGCAAUAAGUGUCCAGAAGAUCAGCAUUCAAACAAGGACCGCAAUCAAUGCAUUCCCAAGUUGAUAACCUUUCUAUCCUAUGAAGAACCUUUGGGCAUCCUUCUUUCUUUCAUUGUGUUUUUCUUGAUCCUAAUGACAGGUUCUGUUCUGGGAAUCUUCAUUAAAUACUUAAAGACUGCUAUUGUCAAAGCCAACAAUAGGGAUCUCUCCUAUGUUCUCCUCAUCUCCCUCCUGCUUUCAUUUCUCUCCUCUUUUUUGUUCAUUGGUGAACCUCAGAAGGUAACUUGCCUUCUUCGACAAACUGCAUUCAGCAUCAUCUUCUCCACUGCUGUCUCUUCAGUGUUGGCCAAAACUGUCACUGUGGUGGUGGCCUUCAUGGCCUCACAGCCUGGGAGUAGGAUGAGGAAAUGGCUGAGGAAGAGCUUAGCCAAUUCCAUUGUCAUCUCCUGUUCCGGUAUUCAAGUGGGCAUCUGCAUUCUCUGGCUGAGCAUCUCUCCCCCCUUCCCAGAGUCUGACAUGAACUCCCAACCUGGAGAGAUCAUACUGCAAUGUAACGAAGGGUCUAUCAUUAUGUUUUAUGCUGCCAUUGGCUACAUGGGCUUUCUGGCCGCCGUCUGCUUCACUGUGGCUUUCCUAGCCAGGAAGCUGCCUGGGGCGUUCAAUGAAGCCAAGCUGAUCACCUUCAGCAUGUUGGUGUUCUGCAGUGUUUGGGUGUCCUUUGUGCCCACCUACCUGAGCACUAAGGGGAAGUACAUGGUUGCUGUGCAGGUCUUCUCUAUCUUGGCCUCCAGCUUGGGCUUACUGGGCUGCAUCUUUCUUCCCAAAUGCUACAUUAUUGUACUGAGGCCUCAUCUGAAUACAAAAAAACAUCUAGUGAUGAAACAUAAAAGUGGCAUCUGAUUUUCUUUGUAGAUUUUGGUAUGUCUUUUAUGUAUAAUGAAACCAAUGUACUUUUCUACAGAGCUGCUACAAACGUAAAUCUCUUUUCCUUUCACAUACAUCAUGAAAAGAACUGGCUACAUAUGAUUCUGUUGAGUGAAUAAUGACACUGGAUGUCCAAAGGUCAUUUUGCUUCAAUGCUUUACAUUUACCAUUUUAUCACAACAUGAUUCCAACUUCAUUUGACACAACUGGACUUUAUUUAGUGUCGUAUUUUGUAACCACAGAGGAGACUGGUAGAGCAGGAAGAUCCCUUAUUGAUUAGUUAAUGAAAUUGAUCUACCCUGCUAGGAAAUAAAAGAUUUUUAAAAAUUA